ACUAAUGCUGAGAAAAAUGUUAACUUACCUGAAGAAAACCACCUUUCCCCAGAAAAAAGAUCAAAAAUGGAUAUUCUACCAAAUACCAAGGACAUAAAUCAAAUUCAGAAUGCUAUAUCUAGCCAUGUAGGUACAUCAAAGUCAGAUCAAACUACAAAUGAUACUCCAAAUAAUAAUUCUUUUAAAGAAAUAAAUAAAAUGUAUGGUUUUGAUGAGGAUAAUCUUAAAGCAGAAACAAAAAUUUUAAAUAGGAUGUAUAAAACUGUACAUAAUCAAAGUAAUGUGCAAUCAAAAAUCAAUUUCAUUGCAUCAGAAAAUUAUAAAGCUGGAUUUCCAACAUUAACAAGUUUGAUACAAUUAUUUAUUACUAUACCAACUAACUCCGCAUCAUGCGAAAGAAGUUUUUCUUGUUUACGUAGGUUAAAAACAUAUUUAAGAACCACAAUGGGACAAUCAAGAUUAAACAGUCUUGGAAUCUUGCAAAUUGAACGUGAAAGAUCAUCUCUUAUAGAUAAAGAUUUAGUAAUAGAAAAAUUCAGUGCUGCCGCAGAAUGUAGAGGCCGCCGAUUACUACUGCAGUAAAUGAUAUUAUUCCCUCAGUAAAAAACCAACUAAUAUUUUAAAUCUACCUAUAAUGUAUAUAUAUAUAUUAUAUUGUA